AUGAUUGAGUGCAGGGGCCAGUGUGACGAUGAGAAGGGGGACAAAAACAACAAGCGUCAGGCCUCCAAAAAGAAACACGAUGGUAGAGGCAGAGUUGAGAAUGAUGAUAUGAAUCAAGAGGAUUAUAUCGUGGCCAUCAGUGCGGAGGAGGAGGAGGAGCAAGCGGCCAUGUUGGAUAGGAAUGAUGGGAAGGCGUUGCCCCUGGCGACCAGAAUCCAGCCUGGCUCCCGCUGGGUGUUCGCCACGCUGGUUGCCAUGGCGUGCAUCGGCGGCAUCCUGGUGGCCACCAUGACCAUAGCCUGCCUGCGUCACCACGCUCACCGGCUGGCCGCCAAGAAGCUGGGCCUGGGACCUGAGGGGGGCAGCUUCAGCCACCAGGAGUACCAGGACCUGUGUCGUCAGCACAUGGCCUCCAAAGGUGCAUUCGGACGCAUGGAAGCCGCCGCCCUCGGUGCCGUGGGAGGAGCAGGAGGAGGAGGAGGAGGAGCAGGAGGAGGAGGUGGUGCUGGAGGAGGAGGUGCAGGAGCAGCAGGAGGAGGAGGUGCAGACUCCAGGGUGAGCAGCGUCUCGUCUCAGUUCAGCGACGGCGCUCAGCCAAGUCCGAGCUCCCACAGCAGCACGCCGUCAUGGUGCGAGGAGCCGGCACAGGCCAACAUGGACAUCUCUACCGGUCACAUGAUCCUGGCUUACAUGGAGGAUCACCUGAGGAACAAGGACCGCCUGAUGAAGGAGUGGGAGGCUCUGUGCUCCUACCAAGCCGAGCCCAGUGUCGUAUCCACGGCUCAAAGCGACGCCAACACCAAGAAGAACCGCUGCCCCGACUCUGUUCCCUACGAUCACUCGAGGGUGAAGCUGAAAGCCGAGAUCAACCCUUCACGCUCCGACUACAUCAACGCCAGCACCAUAAUUGAACACGACCCCCGGAUGCCGGCCUACAUCGCCACCCAGGGUCCGCUGUCACACACCAUCUCUGACUUCUGGCAGAUGGUUUGGGAGAACGGCUGCACUGUGAUCGUGAUGAUGACGGCUCUGGUGGAAGACGGAGAGAAACAGUGUGAUCGCUACUGGCCUGAUGAAGGUUCCUCCCUCUAUCACAUCUACGAGGUGAACUUGGUGUCGGAGCACAUCUGGUGUAACGACUUCCUGGUUCGAAGCUUCUACCUGAAGAACGUUCAGACGCAGGAGACCCGGACCCUCACUCAGUUCCACUUCCUCAGCUGGCCGGCUCAGGGCAUCCCCACCUCCACGCGCCCCCUGCUGGACUUCCGCAGGAAGGUGAACAAGUGCUACCGAGGCCGUUCCUGCCCCAUCAUCGUUCACUGCAGCGACGGUACGGGCCGGACUGGGACUUACAUCCUGAUCGACAUGGUGCUGAAUCGUAUGGCUAAAGGUGUGAAGGAGAUCGACAUCGCUGCUACGCUGGAGCACGUUCGGGAUCAGAGACCUGGGAUGGUUCGCACCAAGGACCAGUUUGAGUUUGCUCUCACAGCUGUUGCUGAAGAAGUCAACGCCAUCCUCAAAGCUUUGCCUCAGUGA